CUGACACAUUCUCUUAUUUAGCAUUGUUACAUGCAGCCUCCACUUCUCAGAACAGCUAACUGCAAGAAUGUCAGCCAAGGUUGUCAUCCAUUUAUUUUUGUUUGAGGACACAAAAAGAUUCAUACUCUUACUCAUCUUACCUCAACUGCAGUGAAUUCACAUUUAUAAAUCUUACUGAGACAGUCUCUUUCUGUCUCUUUGUUAAAUAGUGAGUGCAUUGCGACUGCGCUCAGAGUUGAGAGAACAAGGCCACAUGCACAAUAGACUGAAUAAGAAUGCCAUCAUUCAAAGAAGCAAAUACAGAUUGCCUCAACCUACUGAAUUACAACCUAUUGAAAAACACUUUUCAUGUUGGCUGCACUGUGGCAUCACUCGAACCUGCAGUUUUGAAAGUAUAUGGAGACUAAGUAUGUUGCAUUAUUGCAUACAGUAUCAUUAGGCAUGUUGAGAACUGAAAUACUCUAAAAAAGAAUAUAAAAGGGAAAUAAUUAAUCUCAUGUAAUAUGGAUUAGAAAACUCUUCUUUUUUUUUCUUGCAUCUUCAAGUACCACCUAGACAUACCACCUACACAGUCAUUAUAAACAUCUUCAUAUUAGUGUCUACCACUGUGAAAAAGAGAACGACACUAGAUAAUAGUAGGAAGCCUCUCUUACAUAUUCUUUUGUGGCAAGGAGGGAGGGAAUAUUUCAAUCUCAAAUAGACAUCGGGUUUGCUUUGAUGCGAAUGAAUCAAAUAAGAAACAAAGGCAGACACUUAAGCAAAAACCUUGAGUUCCUGAGCUAUUUGUCUGCUCUCCUAUUCUGCCCAACAGAAGUCAAGCAAGAAAUCAGCUAAAUUUGAAAGACCUAUGAUCUACUGAGCCAGUCGUAGCCUCAACCAUCAGACCAUACAAUAAUGGAGGACUCAACAGAGCUGCGGACGGACGGAAACUCCUUGCUUAAAGCUGUAUAUCUGUGCCGCCUGAGGCUGACACGCCUGCUUCUGGAAGGUGGGGCUUACAUUAAUGAGAGCAAUGAGAGAGGAGAAACACCACUGAUGGUGGCCUGCAAGAGCCACCAUGCUGAUACUCAGAGUGUGCCAAAACCCAAGAUGAUCAGGUAUCUUCUUGAAAAUGGUGCAGACCCCAACAUUCAGGACAAGUCUGGUAAAACAGCCCUAAUGCAUGCCUGCAUAGACAGGGCAGGGGAAGAUGUGCUGUCCCUUCUGCUCUCCAGUGGAGCAGACCCAAGUUUGGAGGACCACACUGGAUCCUCUGCUCUGGUCUACGCAGUUAAUGCUGGAGAUAAGGAUGCACUAAGAGUACUACUGGAUGCCUGCAAGGCCAAAGGCAAGGAAGUCAUCAUCAUUACAACAGAUAAACUACCCUCAGGUAGACAAAUGACCAAGCAGUAUCUGAACGUACCUCCUCCUCCAAAUCUUGAGGACCGAUUGCACUGUGCCCCUGCAUCAUAUAUGUCCCCAUCUGAAAUUAAAAUCUGUACACCUCAUAUUUUGCCACCAACCAACAACCAGUCUGAGAGUCUGGGCUCCACUUCAACACUGUCUGCAUCUAAGCCAGGAUCACCAACUCAAGAUUCAAGCCCUUUGCAGGCAGCUAGUGUGGCUAAGUUGCUGCAUCUACAGAGGCUCCACUCAGAGCCCUGGCUAAAGAUACUUCCAUCUGUGCUCCUACAGCAAAGCGAGUCCUCAUCCAUGACAGAGGAGCUUCUGGAUAUCACCCCUGGAGAGGAGCUCUCUUUUGGAUACAAUGGUUGUCCACCUCUACAGAGAACAAUGGUUGCUCGGCAUCAAAGCAUUGAUGUCAAAGACCCUACUGGUCUGCUUAGAGCCUUAGAGAAAGCUCCUGAGAGUGAAAGAGAACUAACAAAAUACCAGAAAUGGCUGUAUAGAAAAAUGUCCUAUGAUGGUGAGUUACUACCACACUCCUCGCAGCAGAAUCUCAAGCAGGCAUCCAUUUCAGACACUGCCUCUGUGGACAGAGACUCAAACUGUCUUCCCAAUUUGGCUGUUUCAAGCCUCUGCAACGUGGUCCGCCGCCGCAACAUUGGAAUGGACCACUACAGCUCUGACUCUCAGUUGCCUCAAUUUGGGAGCCAACCCUCUGAAGACCAUGGGAAGGCUGGAGAAGGAAUUGGGGGAACAGAGAAACGCAAGCUUGUCACCAGCCGUUCCUCCACGCUCUCUGGAUCCAGAGAGUCUUUGGAGAGUCUUGUCCAGAGGAGGAGUCCCGCAAUGCUGGAACGGAGGGGAUCUGGAGCCCUUCUCCUUGACCAUAUUUCACAAACCAGGCCCGGUUAUCUUCCACCUCUCAAUCCACAUGCACCCAUACCAGAUAUAAAAGUCAAUACCAGUAUCAGCCUUAACAGUGGAAGUAAACCUGUGGUAGGAACAGCACAGACUGUUCCAGCAUCAAGGCAUUAUGUGCCCUGUGCCCCGAUCCAUCCCAGAGACCACAAGAACAAGACGACUCUGCUAAGACGACACUCCAUGCAAACUGAGCAGAUCAAGCAGCUGGUCAACUUUGAGGAGAUCUUUGGACAGUAAAGAACACAGAAGAAGGUUAUGGUAAAUAUAGAAAUAUAAAGAGACAUUCUAUUGUCAUAAAA